AUGGCGCCGCCUCUCGCCGGCGCUCCUAGGGCGCUGGAGCGACAGCUCCUACAGGCGGCGAUCGACGGCGACCUCCGCCGCUUCAAGGGGACGGUAACGGCGCUGGAUGCCGGGAAGGGCCGCCCCAGGGAGGCGGUGGAGGCCGUGAAGGAUGACGGCGCGGGGGCCUUGCACUUAGCUGCCCAAAACGGGAGGACACCAGUGUGCGCCUACCUAGUCGAGGAGCUCCGGGUGGAUGUCAACGCCUUGGACGACCCAGGCAUUACACCCCUGGGUCAUGCGGUUGGUGCUGGAAUGGUGGAUAGUGUGAGGUAUCUUCUUGAUCAUGGUGCCAAUCCAGAUAAGACUGGUAAAGAAGGGUGUACUCCUCUACAAUUGGCAGUUGCAGAAGGGAACUGUGAAGUUUUAAAAGUCUUGCUUUCAAAAGGAGCUGAUGUUGAUGCAUUGUCUUAUUGUGGAGCGGCACUGCAUAUUGCUGCUAUAAGGGGGCAGUAUGCUGCUAUGAAGAUUUUGUUGGAACAUCAUGCAGAUUGUAACGCGGUAUUUUCCACUUGUUAUACACCUCUCAUUGCUGCUCUCACUGCGGGCUCACUGAAAUGCGUGAAGCUUCUCAUUAAGGCCGGCGCUGAUGUGAAGGGUCUCGGUAGUGCUAACCCCCUAGUAGUUGCAGCAACUGAGGGCUUAACUGAUUGCCUCAAGUGGUUACUGGACGCUGGUGCUGAUCCUAAUGUUCCUGAUGAUUUUGGUCACCUGCCAAUAGAACUUGCUGCAUCUAACAAUAGAAGGGAAGAUGUUAAGAUCCUACUUCCAGUAACUUCCCGUAUUCCAUCGGUGCAUGAUUGGAGCAUUGAUGGGAUAAUUAAUUAUGUAAAAUUGACACUGGAGGAUAAAAAUAUGUACAAAACAAAACCAAGCAAGAUGAAGUUGGAAGGAAACAAAGCAUACAAGAGAAAGGAUUAUUCUACUGCAGCAACACUAUACUCCCUGGCGCUGAAUUACUACCCAGAUGAUGCAACCUUGCUUUCAAAUAGGAGUGCUUGCUGGCUUAACAUGGAUGAAGGAGACAAGGCUUUGACCGAUGCACAAAUUUGCAGGAUGGUGCGUCCUGAUUGGCCAAAGGCCUGCUUCCGGGAAGGGGCUGCUCAAAUGUUAUUGAAGGAGUAUGGAAAGGCAUGUGAUGCAUUUCUUGAUGGUCUCAAAUUAGACCCAGCAAAUUCUGAGAUUGAGAGUGCGUUAAGGGAGGCUUUCAAUUCUCUGAAGAUAGGCAACCCAGCCAAGAAGGCUCACUGAAAGUCACCUGCUUUGGAAAAUUAACUUGUUCAUGUGUACGUAGCACUGCUUUUGCUGGUUCCCUCUUUUGUGCAGAGCUAUAUUUCAGUUGAAAAGAUCCACCUGAUCUACAAUGCUGAAUAUAUUGACGAAGCUUAUCCUGUAUACCUUGCAUGUAUCCUUUGCAUACUCGCUGUUCUCUAAAUGAUGCAACCUGACUAUUUUAUC